GGCUGAGCUCGUUUACCUCAAGGAAGUUAGCGGCGGAAACCCGGGUAGCAGUGCUGAAGAGAUACCGCAGGCCUAAUGGCGUCUAAGGAAGCUAGCGGCAGCGAUGGGAUAGGGCAAGGGGUCGAGAAACCCGUCACCUAUUAUCGGUUGGAGGAGGUGGCGAAGCGCAACUCCUCGAAGGAGAUAUGGCUGGUGAUUCACGGGCGAGUCUACGAUAUCACCCGCUUCCUUAACGAGCAUCCUGGUGGAGAAGAGGUUCUGCUGGAACAAGCUGGCGCAGAUGCAAGUGAAAGCUUUGAAGAUGUAGGCCACUCCUCUGAUGCCAGAGAAAUGCUCAAGCAGUACUAUAUUGGGGAUGUGCAUCCGAAUGACCUUAAACCUCAACAUGGUAGCAAGGAGCCUUCAAAAAGUAACGAGUGCAAAAGUUGCUGGUCAUACUGGAUUUUCCCCAUCAUAGGCGCUGUUCUCAUAGGUUUCCUGUAUCGUUAUUACAUGUCGGAAAGCAAAUCAUCCUGAGGAGACCAUGGUGAAGUCUGGAGAGUAACCACUUGGAGUGAAAACUAGAGACUUGUUUGGAGGCUGCAAUGGUGCCCUCUUUUAGAAUCCUGCCAAUUGUAUUCUUACCCCUGGGAGCCCAGAUGGUUGGCCAGACACCCACCCAGAUCAGGAGCGCUGUCCUUCAUCUCUCGAGCUUUACUCCCAAAAGCCACCUUCUCAUUCUUCAUGGUUCUUGCCAGCUUUCCCUUUCUCCCCUGCUUUCCUCAGUACCUUCACAUUUUCUAACUUUCUUUUAUAAUUGCAGUCUGUAUGUCCUGGUGCAUUGCUCUUAGGCAAAAAAUGCUUUUCAGUCUAUACGUGCACAGUAGAUAUUCUUAACAGGGUAGCACACUCUGGUUUUGAAGCUUUUCUUAUUCCGUGUUUCUUUUAAACAAAUAUAAAAUUCCGACUUAAUUCGGUUAUUUUAAAUAAGGGGUUUUAUUCAUUCAGCUGCUCACCUAUAAUUUAAGACACAGCUGCCAAUUGAUCAUCCUCCUUGUUUCUAUUUGUUAAGACUGCAAAAAGGCUGUUCUGCCAGCCCAGCUGGAGUAGCAGGUAGCUUUUGCCUCCCACUAAGACCAGGCUGUUUUAUUAUUCCCAAGCUUGUAUUAGACAAAGCUGUGCUUCCUAUUUAUUUCAUGGGAAAAAGAAGAGAUGAAGAAUUGAGAUGUCAGGGUAAAUUCAGUCAUUUUUCCUUUGAAAAAUAUAACUUUAGAAAGCACACCAAAGAUGCUAGCCUUCUCUUUCACCCCAGUUUCUAGUCAUCUUUUUCUCCCCACCCACCACCAUCUUUUAUUGGUAAAAUAAUGUCUAUAAUUAUUUCUAUAGAGCUUUGCCAGAACAUUUUGAUGCCUUUCUGUUUAGUGAUUAGCAAAAUUUUUAUUCCCCUCUUUACAAGAGGCUCGCAAUUGAUCCGAGAUAUAGGUUUUUAUCUUGUUUUGCCCCUGUAAAGUAACUCCCAUAGUAAAAGGCAUUUGAAAGCGGGAGAUUGUGAUGAGAGCGUUUUCCAUUUCACCUCUAUUUCAUCCUCUGGCUCCAAUUUGUGGUUUUAUUCUAUUUUUCCAUUAAGAAUAAAGAGAGAGAGUUUUUUUCUUGAAUGAGUGUUUCAUUGAGGAAUAGGUUGAUGAAUUUCCCUGGCAUACUUUGACUUUUUUCCUGUGGAAACUCCUGAAGACACAGCACAUGGAUGGUUUACUGCCAACAACACUUUGUAGUGUUUUUUUCCCCAUCCUUUGAGGAUGACAGGCCUGUCUCCAUUGUCAUGUAGAGGGAGUAGCUUGGUUUAAGGGACCACAGUUACUCUGGUUUCUCCUCCCACUUCUGGCUGGCCAGGGACUUGACAAGACAGGAAACUACCCAGCAUACCAGUAUCUACCCAUGCAAAGUAGUUAAGAAAAAGUUCAACUCAGGUCUUGUGUCCUGUGACUUAGCAGUUGAAUGAAUUCAAGAUUCAUCAAAAUGAUAUUAACUUUAUACUUGUACACAUGGAUAUGACAUUAUGGAGUAAUUUUAAGAGAAUUUUAGUCUUUUUUUAUAUAUAUCAGAUAUGAGCAUAGACAAACUUAUCUUUAGAAAAUGUUUUGUAUGCAUUAUAUGAUGCGACUUAAAGACAAAUUAUUGACACAAAUCUUUGGUUAUUAAGUAACAUAAGCUUGGUGCUCCUCCACUUGAAGGCAAAGAAGAGUUGCCUUGAAUAAGAAUUGGUAUAUAAUUUCUAUAGUAGUUAAGUUGUGUGAUGAUGUGAGGCAGGUAAAAACAAAGAAGCAUUGAGAAGCUGGAAAAGGAACAUUCAAGCUAAAACUAAGCCAGGAGAUAAUUCGGAUCAUUAUGUUGGCAGUCUCCAGUAUUGAAUGAAACUCAUCUGGCUUGAAGAAACAUUAAAGAAUGAAGGUCUUAUGUAAAAUCGGUGUUUUUGGUAUUUUUAGAGUAAACAACAAUGCAAAGGUAUGUUUUCUACCUUGCAUCGGUUGUCUUUUCCCAUUUAUAUCUUGACUUGCUCUAACUCAGCCAGCGGGAAAGAUUUUCAUACUUUGUUUCUACCACCCAUGAAAUAGUUCUAGUCCACUGGAUUUCUUUUGAACUACUGCUAAUGUGAUGCCACUUUAUAUUAUUAAAAACCACUUUAGGGUCCAUUCAUAGUAGUUCCGUUGCUUACAUAAACAGCCAGGUGAAAGGUGGAGCUUGUGUGAGAGUUUGUAGAGGUUUUUCUAAACAAAUGAAUACAGUAUGUUAGCCAGAUCCCAUCAGAAAGGACUUUGGUUUUAAGAGGUAGACUUAAUUUCUCGCAACAGCCUCUACAUCAGUAGGUCAGAAAACCUCUCUGGAGAGCAAGUUGCAGUCAGUCCCUGUUGCCUGACCGCGGCCCCUGGAGCUGGUCUCUAGGGCAUUUACUUAUUUAUUGCUGAGGAAGACUAGCUGCUGCUGCUGCACUUCAGAUUGUACACAUAAUGUCUGGUGACCGACCACAGGAGAAGGUGAGGGAAAACAUGCCAACAAGAUAGGGGUAUAAAUGCUGGGUUUCUAAAACUCCUUGGCCCCUGUCUCUUUAAGAAAUGCUUUUGGUUUGCAAAUGGUUUCUACAUUUGUAAAUACUAGAAAGUAGUAGGGACAGAGUUUAUAUUGUAUUUAGCUACUUAUGGGACUGCUUCGGCAGAAACAGAAGUCCUCUGGAACCUAUAAUUUGAGCCUAUAAAAUUCUUUUAGCAGUCAUAAAUGCAUCUGUUGUGAAAUAAGGGCACUGUUGAGUUUAUACACAUUUAGUUGCGUUGUGGAGCGGUGAAAAAUGCUUUCAGGUCAGAUAUAUCAUUACUUAUGUUAUCUCAUGUUUGAAACCUCAAGUGAUAGCUAUUUGAUUAAAUUCCAUUUUAGGAGAUUGAAAUGCAGAAUAUUAAUGUUUGUUGCUUCCUUUCCCAGGAGAAAUGGAUUCAGACAUGUUUCAACAAGAAAUUGAUCUUUAAAAAAAGCCAUCUCAUUCCAUUGCCAAAUAUCACAAAAGUAGUAGGAAGUUUAGUCACAUUUGGCUGUUGUGCCCUGAAAGAGCCCAGUUUGGAAUUUGUGGGGGUGACCUCAGAGGGAGUUUCCAAGAAGCAGAGAGGUACUUGUCAAGUGACCCACCCUCUUCCAGCAUCUCACUCAAUGAGCUGUAGAAGCUGCCCUUUACCCGUACCUAUAUAUUGGACUUGCUAUUUGGACAGAACGUUAUUUAACUUCCUUUCUUUUUACUUCACUCUCCACUGUGGACAAGUGAUAUUAACAUUCCUUUUGUGUAGUCAAAAAUGGCAUUUGUUUACCUAUUUUAUUUCAGCAUAUUUUGAACAAAGAUCUUUGUCUCUUUCUGCUGGAAUGUGCACACAGUGAAUGUUUGUUAGAACUACACACAAUAAAGAUACUGUUUGCCUUUU